AUGCCUGCAAUUAAUAAUACAUCACCGGUAUCACUGAAGGAGCCGGUGAACGGCCCAAGAGAAGCUGAGGACGUUGAACAAACGCAAAUAAACAAACAUGAUGCCCAAACAAUGCAACAGCUGCUGCUGCUGCUGCUGCUGCUGCUGCUGUUACAGCUACAUGAACCACCUGGCGAAUCAAGACAAAGCGAAGAAAGUUCAGAAUUAAGAGAUUCGGAUCCUGAAGAGCAUCCGAAGGACACCCAAGAGCUGAUGAACUCAAAGUUUGCUAAUGAAUAUAAUACGAAUACCAGGAAGAAACGGGCGUCGAAAGGUAGGGUAUUUCGAUGCACAGGGUAUCCUGAUUGUAAUAUGUCGUUUACUAGAUCGGAGCAUUUAGCGAGGCACAAAAGGAAACACACAGGUGAAAGGCCGUUUACUUGUCCCCAUUGUCAUAAGAAUUUUUCAAGAUUAGACAACUUGAGACAGCAUAAGCAGACAGUUCAUGCAUACGAGAACUUUAUGGGUAACAACUCAAAUAAUAUGCCUAUUCCAACCAACUACAACUCUUGUGGUACGGGUGGCAGUAUGGCCGAUACUAAUAAGACUAACUACAUGCCUAUUCCAAAUCAUUUAACCAUGAAUAAUGGCGCAAAUAAUGGAACCCCAGAGAGUCCGUUGACAUAUGGUUUUGGCAAUUCUCCUGGAUCAACCGCGAUGAUCUCUCCACCAAAUACGAAUUCACCUGUAAACUAUCAUUUGCCGUACCAAAAUCAGCCAUAUCAUAAUAACAGCUUCGAGCUGAGUAACAAUAGUGUAAAUAAUAACUUUCAAUACCCGGAGUCACAGAUCAAAACCAAAAUUAACGAAUUCAAACCAAAAAGAAGACCAAGACCUUUAUCAUUAGUUCAUUCAUUCACCGAUAACUCAGCCCUUGGUGAUGAUAACAGUUUACAUAUAGGACAACUGUUGAAAUCAGCGCCGGCGAUGUACAAUAUGAACGGUUCAUUCACUUAUCCACCAAAAUCGGGGCCUUUGACUCCAAAUAUGGUUAGUCCGUUGUCGCCACUAUUUCACCAUACGUUCAAUCAAACAAUGGAUUUACCUAAAUCACCUCAUGUCACAUCGAACACUUUACGCUUACCACCUUAUAACCACCCUAUCCACAAUAAUAUCAUUCCAAAUAAUCCUGCGAACAAGAAUAUUACAUUGCCAUCUGUUCAGGAAUUGCCUAUUCCAACGCAAUUUAAUCCAAUAAAAAAUUCCAAAUCAUGGUUAAAAAAGGUACUAAAUGAUGAUUCCUCUGCAUCCUCGAGCAGCCCUAAUGAUACUAAUCGUCUGUCGGUUACACAAGAAGAUAAACACGUUUCGAAGAAACCGACGAUUAAUAACUUAUUAUCUCCAUAUGACGAUGAUGAGUUUCCAAAUUCCGUAAAAUGA